AUGUCAAGCCACGAGAUUUGGCCCAAGUCCGGUGGUGUCCCACCAAGCUAUGAGAUACUUAAGGCUUGCACCAAAGGGUGUGUCCCCGACAACGUGGGGAUAGAUCCUCUGCCUUUGGGGUCGGAUAUAUACACUGGUGCCAGUAUCCCUCGGGGUUCCUUAAUUCUCUCGCCGGCCCACUUAGAGAAUGUUAGGUUUCCACUCCAUCCCCUCUUUCAUAUGCUCCUGUUCUUAUUGGAUCUUCACCUCAUUCAACUAAACCCGAAUUCUUACCUUCUCAUAUUUGGGUUUCUAGCCUUCGAUUUGAAGUGGGGUGUGUCUCUUAGCUUUAAGGAUUUCAUUUACCUCUACGACUUGGCUUGCGUUAGGGGGGAAAGUCACUAUUUCUUUUUUACGUCUGGGCAUGGUAAAAAGUUAUUUACUUGUAAGCCCAUUUUCACCAAGUAUUAG